AUGGCAGCGAGCUUUAAAAUCCCAACAAGUCUGAAAAGAAAGGCAAAAAAGGAUCCAGAGUUGCCAAAGUUUGAGUGGAAACUUUUCGAAAAAGAAAAUAAGUUGGGUUGCGGUACGUUUGGGUCCGCAUACCUAGCAAAAUACAAAGGAAAGACCAGAAAAAGUGGUUGCCAAAAACAAUAAUGUCGAGUCCAUUGACUCGAAAUCCUGUUUCGAGAAAGAAGCCUCACUGUUGAACAGUACAAAGGCCACAGGAACACAAUCCAGUUCCUUGAAUUUUCAAUAAUGAUGGAGUAGUCUUGCUUCGAUUUUCGCCCAUUUGGAGUUGCAAAAAGUCUUUGCACUCUAAAAGAUUUUGUCCCGAUUUCGUAGAUGAGUUUGACUUUGCUUCGUUCGCAGACUUCAUGCCAACAUGUGCCAAAGAUGUUGUCGAAGGUUUGAAAUAUUUUCAAAGCAAGAAUAUCGUUAUCAUUCAAUAAAUAUUAUGAAUUAAGAUAAUCACUUUGCACUCACUUAAUUUUCAUUCAGUGCAUACUUUUUCAAGUAUAUGAUGUAUCACAUACUUUAUGCCAAAGAAUGCAAGCCAAAAAAUGCAAGGUGAGAAAAGUUCGGGGAAGCCAAAACGGUGAUUUCAUUGACAUAAAAAAUUACUUGGUUUGUAAGUCGAGAGACUGACUUAAGCCAAAGUCAGCCAUAUGUCUCCUGCCGGUUUCACUAGAUCCCGGUGAGCGAUAUUCUUGUUGUGCAAAUAUUUCAAAUCUGCGACAACAUCUUUGGUACAUGUUGGCAGCAAGUCUGCGAACGAGGCAAAGCAAAGUCAAAAUCGUCUACGAAAUGGACAAAAUUGUCUAGGUGAGUGCAAAGACUUUUUGCAACUCCAAACGGGCGAAAAUCGAAACAAGAAUACUCCAUCAUCAGUUGAAAAUUCAAGGAACCGAAUUAUAUUCCUGUGGCAUUUUGUACUGUUCAACAGUGUGGCUUCUUUCUCCAAACAAGAUUUCGAGUCAAUGGGCCAUUCCAUUUAAUAUAGGCACCCCCCCCUAUUGAGAGGUCCCUUCAUAAUCCCCUUAGGAUAUAAAAAAUUUAGAAUCCCCUUGGAUGCGAUUUUUGGAAGUUACCCCAUGGAUUUCUUUAUACCCCCUUUAGGAUAUCGUUUUAACCCCUUGUAUAUCACUAAAACACCUAAUUUUUGCUAUUUUUUUGAAAAUUUCUUAAGCUACCCUCUAGGAAAUUUUAAGGUAAAACCUAUAUUAAAUGGAAUGGACCAAUGGACUCGAAAUUAUUAUUUUUGGCAAACGUACCGCAACCCAACUUAUUUUCUUUUUCAAACUUUGGCAACUCUGGUUCCUUUUUUGCCUUUCUUUUCAGACUUGUACAUGUUGGGAUUUUAAAGCUCGCUGCCAUUAAUGUUCCAUUUGACAAAAAGGGAAAAGUCCUGGGAACGAGGUUGCCAUAUUGGUCAAAUUUUGGCGCGAAAUUGUGGUCCCAGUCCGCGUUUUACUAAUUGAGUCCAGUCCGCGUUUUACUAAUAGAGUCCAGUCCACGUUUUACUAAUAGAGUCCAGUCCGCAUUUUACUAAUAGAGUCCAGUCCGCGUUUUACUAAUAGAGUCCAGUCCGCGUUUUACUAAUAGAGUCCAGUCCGCGUUUUACUAAUAGAGUCCAGUCCGCGUUUUACUAAUAGAGUCCAGUCCGCGUUUUACUAAUAGAGUCCAGUCCGCGUUUUACUAAUAGAGUCCAGUCCGCGUUUUACUAAUAGAGUCCAGUCCGCGUUUUACUAAUCUGAGUCCAGUCCACGUUUUACCAGUCCAGUCCGCGUUUUACUAUAUGCCGUAGCGAAGUAGUUGUAGUUCGCUACUGUAGCGAACUACAAUUUUCAAGUAGCCAAUAGUUUUUGACUACUUUUUUAAAACAGUAGUUGUAGUUAUAGCGACAUUUUGCCUAAAAGUAGCUAAGUAGUUGACUACUUUUCAAACAGCGAAUCGCUAUUCACUACUUUUUAAAAUUUUUAGCAACUUGAUAGAAUAGCAUGAUAUUGAGACACGGUUUGCUUAAAAUCAAUACUCAAUAGUCAAUUUGCACUCCUGAACACUGUAGUGCUUACAAAAAUGUUGCUUUAAUUGUGUUUACUGUUGCUACUCGUAAGUCGAUUUGUUAUAGAUUACAUUACAGCCUGAGUUAGUACUUAGUAGAUGCUCCAAAUAUAGUAAAACUAAAAAAAUAAUAUAGUGUAGCGAAAUAGCGAAAUAGUUCGCUACAUUUUUUAAGCAGUAGCUGUAGUCAGUAGCGAACUACGUACCUUUCUUCAAAAGCAGCAGUAGUUGUAGCUGACUACAUAUUUUUGAAGUAGCUGUAGCUAUAGCGAACUACAAAAAUUUUGUAGUCAACCCACCCUUGAACUACACUAGUGCUAACAUACAGACAUAACAAUUCUGGGCGUAUUUCGUUUCCAGUGAUCUCGUGUUCGUAUUUUAGCCAAUCAGCGCUCAGAAAGGGUUGUCCGAAUAGAAAUCCAUUUUGAUGUAUUCAGUCAAUUAUAUCUUUCGUUAUUCUUUAUGAAACUAGUUGAAAUUUUGUAAUUAUGUUUGGUUAUGAGAACUCUAGCUCUGACAAAAAUAUGGAAUCAAAAUAAAGUAUAUUACAGGAGAUAUUCAGUUGUUUUAAUCAUAAAAUGGAUUUCUAUUUGACAACUAGUGCCAGUACUUUUCCGCGUAUCAAGAUCAUCUGGUUAUUGAUGUGUUCUCGGCAGUCUCUCCUUUCUCCUCGCACGCCCAGGAAGCUAAAUCCGUGGAAAGGAGGGACCGCUCCCAGUCUACCUAUUGUUAGAUAAACUGUUUAUCUGAUACUUAAAACAUUUUCACUCUACAGAUGGUUCUAAUGUUGUAGAGGCGACCGCUGAAGCUGAAGGAUCAACAUUAAGUAAGACACCAUCGCAGUGUUUAUACUAUGAAUUGAGAUUUAAUACAGACUAAAUGCAUAUGCAUGUUAACUGUGCGAAGAACGCUGAUCUCAAAACUAGGACCGGAGCAACUGCUAUGUAUUAUUAAGGUAGCCAAUUGUGACCAUAUUGGUUUGACUACCGCAAAUCUACAGUAAUGUUGCUGACAUGUUACAAGAAGUGCUUAAAGCUUCUGGUAAUUGGUAUACGAAUAAAACGAUAUUGCAAGAGAAAAAGAGUGAUUUUAAAAUUGCCUCUUUUUCUGAAAUGUUCCAAUGAAUAAUUAGCGUGGUCACGUCACGAUAUGGCCGCUUUAAGUGUCUUGUAAAACUAAUCAGAAGAGCACGAUGGUAUUACAAUUAUUUUAAAACCUAUCUGAUUGAAUUGUAAUGAAUGUGACAGGUUGAAAAAUGUCCCCCUUAUUAUAAAUAUUCUGACUCCAUCCGGAGCCAGAAUAGAUUGAAAUCAGUGGCUGAAAAAAUGUAACAAACUUACGCCUAAUCUAUGCCGCGCUUACACUAUGAGACCUGUAAGACGAUUAUAGACCUGAUAACAAAUCUAAGAUAGACCUACGAGCUGAUGGUUUCGGGGAGGCAUAGAGGUAGCCUGGAACUCAGGUCCUAGAUUUGUAGUACAGAAGUCCUAAGUCAGAUAGAGCUUCUGAUAUGAGCUUCUAAUUUUGGUAUUCUGCGUUAUUUUUAUAUUUACUUAUUUUUGCAUGCAUAAUAUAUGGUCCAAAGUAUAGGGCUCAGCUCUCCACCUAGAUGUCUAUUGUGUCACAGUCCUCAGUUACAUUCUUUGCCAAAAGUUGGUAGAAUGACGGAACGUUUGCCUUAUUUUCACCUUAAAUUUACUUUUGUCACAUUUUAUAAUUAUUACAACUCCCCCCCCCCACCCAACCCCUUCACCCCACAUUCAAUGUUGUUCUGGCCCCAGUAUUGUUGUGCCUGCAGCUUUCCAGCGUGAAACAAUAUUGAACAGGGGGAAGAAGUGAUAUAUAAGGAGAAAAAAGUCCUUUGUUCCACGGCUUUUGGUCAAGAUUGCAGAUAUUUCUUAGGCGAAGCCUCGUAGGCGAUAUCUCGUUAUUGACACCCAAGAUCUCGCCUAGCAGAGCUGGAAACUUUGCCACUGAAAAGAAAGAUGGAGAAAUGACUCUCAAGUAGAACGGAGUAAAACAAACGCCGUAUUCGUAUCUAGCGGGCACGACGUGAAAACCAGCCCUACUGGUACGUCUAGCACUUCAUGUACUGUAGGGCUCAAUUAUACACCCCAUGAGGUAUGGUUUCUAAAGAAAUGUACAAUAAAAAUGUAUAAUUACUACACUCUUGUAUUUUUAAUUUAGCUUUAACAGAUAUCCAAUGGGACAAACAAUCAGUAUUUCAGGAACUGUACAUACUAAGGUUCGAGGUCGAUGGUGGUUACUAUACUAUCAGCGCAUCAGACCAAAGCGUGACAGCAUCGCAGGUACAUAUACUCUAUAUUUUAACUAUUCUAUAAUAACAUGGACCAGCUUUUUCAGUGGUCGAGAGCUGCACUGAUAACGCAAUUUCAACUACGAAAUAUCUUCAAGCCAAUCACAGUUCUUUGACAAGCACCACGAGCCAAUGACGUUGAAUAUCUUUUUCGAAGAUGACGUCAUUUUAUCUCUUAUAUUGGGUGUGAAAAAUAGAUGACAUUUUUCUCUUGUCUGUUCGGUUAUAGACUUGCCGAGACUUGCUGAUUGACUAAGCUUUAAGGUAGAACGAUACAGUUCUAAAAAAAUUCUUGUGUAUAUUUAUAAUAAUUUGACAUUUCCCUCUCAGAUAUAGACUAACAAUAAGGUAAAUAUAAAAUAAUCAAUACUCUCAUUUUCCGUUUUUUUGAUAAAAAUUUUUAAUUUGGCAAUUUAGAAUUUUUUUAGUUUUCUGGUGCAAUACAGCGUGCAAAAUUUGAAUAACAUUGCAUGGUUAACGGACAAAACAAACUAUACUUGUUUUUCAAUGACGGGAGAUUGCGUGAUCGGCUCCCCUCGUCAGGUUAUAUAUUGAAAGCAUUGAACUGUAUAAUAAAAUGGAAGGCUUACUUUAAUUAAUUAUACGUAAUAAAAAAGUCAAGCCAAAGAUGGCAGACUCCGAAGCUAUUCCUGUGCGUCAAUUCCACUCCCGUUACACGCGCGGCCAAACUUUUUGUAUUUUCAUGGCGGUAAGUGAUCAAAGUCUAAAAAUAGUAACUUUUCCUAAAACGUGACAGCUAUACUGAGAAAACACUGCUGCUCGUUUUUUAAAUCAGUACUUCGAACAUUGCUAAAAUUUGAAAUUUUAUCUCCGAGCCAACGGCGCCAAGCGCCGUGCGAGGGUACUAAUCUCCCCCGGCUAUUUACACCAGGGGAAACGAAAGCAUUAGCGAAGUCUAAAGUUCAUCAAUGAUCGCGGGCGUGGGUGACCAACGAUGGAUGGUCAUCCUCACUGAUCUCAAAAUAUAGCGGACUGUCAUGAAUAUAGCGAACACUUAUUGGUCCAAUUUAAAAUUUGCAUUAUAACGGCUGCAUGGCGACAGCGAAAUAGCAAACAUUUCUUGAUUUGACGAUUUCUUGCAAAUAUAUUUCAUUUUUGCAAGAUUUUGAAAAUUUCAAAAGCUUUUUGAUAACUGAUUAAAAGGCGAAAGAACUUCUACUGAAGAAGUGAGUGAAGGCGCCGACGUUAACGAAAGUAAGUUUGUACGUUUUAAAUAUUUAAUAAUUGUUUGCUUUAUAAUCAAUCUAUCUUUAUUGAUUACCCUUUUUUUACUAUAUUAAAAUAAAAUUGUUUAAAUAAAAAAGAAAGCAAAGUUAUUUGCAUGCGAGAAUUUUAUCGAUAAAGUCAUUAAAGGCCGUUUAGUAGUUUUAUAUUAAAAGAACACUUUAAUUAAAACGUUUUACGAAGAGUCUGUGGUUGAAUUUUACCUUAACUGAUUGAAUCUUACAUUACGUAUAAUAACAUACCUAACAUAUAUAUGUUUGGAAAUUGAAAAUUUUAUAAUUAAAAGUGAUAUUUUUAGGGGAUUUUCAUUUGUAAAAAUAUUCUUAAAAAAUUAUCGUGUUACCAUGACAACUACUUUAAAUACUUCAUGUUUAUUGAUUUAUUGAUGUUUAUUAAAUUAAAACUCUCUUGCAGUUAUACAACUGAAUUAACGAGCUUACUAGUAAAAUUUACAUAAUAUUUCUAAGGUAAUGUUCAUAUUAAGAUGUUCAAAUUUAGACUGUUAUUAUUUAUUCCUAAUAUUUACAGCAUAUUUCUAAUUAUUCAAUUAAACAGUAUUAAUGGAAAAAUUUAAAGGUAAAAAAGGAUUGUGCUCUGUUCGUUUUACAGACCGUAUUAUUUUUAAAUAGGUAAAAUUGUUCUUAUUUCCUUCUCAGAUUACGCUGAUUCUCAAAGACGACCGGUUUUGGAAGUAGAUUAUGUAGGGGAUGGUCUUUAGAUUUCAUUUUGUCCAUAUAUUUCUCACACAAUAGAUCUCUUCUACUCUUGAGUGUAGGAAUGUCGGCUAGAUUUAGUGCGUCUGUGUACGAAUCACACUCAGGAUAAAUAAUUUUAAGUGAUCUCUUUUGCACGACUUCGAUUGCCUCAGACAACUACAAUGGUUUUGUCAGCAAAGCGAGGGUCUAUGCAUGCAUGUAUUUUCUAGUAUAUUUAAUUAGACAAAACAAGUGCUUGUUGACUAUUUUUCCAUAAAGAGUUUUUGCUUUUAAAUCAGUUUUGUCAAAAACAUUAUAUUCCAACACAAUUUAUAAGUUUAGUUGACAGGAAAAUAUAUAAAUUUAUAUAAUACCUUAUUGAAUUCUGAUAGUUUAGUUGGCUGUUUAUUGUCACGUAAUAUUUAAUAGAAAAUUCCAUUCCCCAAGAGUGCUAUGGAAUACGUUCCAUUGUACUCUUCAUGUUUUCGAUAAAUCGCAUCCGUCAAAAUGCUUCUCAUACGAAACUAUUAGUCUAUUUUGGUAUUAUAUAAAACAAAUAAUGAAUGUUUAUGAGUGCAAUGGUAAGAAUAUUUUCAUGAGGUGAAAGAUGGAAUGUAUAUUAGUUGAGCGCGCGCGUAAGGGGACUGAAAUGGACGCACAAUAAUGCCUUCAAUUUUCUCCAUGUUCGGCUUCACUUUUUGAGCCUUCCGUGUUAUAGAGUUCAGUGAUUGGAAGUUCUUUUUCUAACACCAGUGGUCACGCGGAGGGAUUGUAAGGAUUAUAUCGAACAGCCUUAAAAAAUAGAUGCACAUGAUAUAAGGUCACAAUGUACACAUGGGAAGUGCUGACGUAUGGUAUUUUAAUUCGCACGCGUUCAUUUUUGUUUCACCGGAAAGCACGAACAAACCAUGUUGAUGAUAUACACCAUAGGUACUGUAGUUUAACUUAUCGUCUUUGAUAUAUGUUUGGUCGUCGCCUUAAAGCAAUAUUUUAAUAAUUAUAGUGAACUAUAUGGAUUAAUAAUUCAUCAAAAGACAUACGCACGCUAAGAAAAUUUCAAUAAAAUAGCGCUAGCAUGCAUAGUGCAUAUAUUCUGCUAUAACAAGUACGCAGUUCAUUCAAACAACAAUAAAAAUCAACAUAAAGCGAAAUUAAUCAAGUCAAACAAAGGGCGAGAAAAAUUUCCGCCGUGAGUGACUAAGCUCAUAGGUCCUCGUUGUAUCGUUAGCGAGGUUCAGAUUUAACUUGCACUGCUGCUACCAUUAAGGGACAAUUGAUUAAUCAGAUCAAUCUGAACUAUCCAAUUAAGCAAUCAGAUACGUAUUAAGCCCGUGAAAGAUAGUAGUUGAAGUCAACUCUGGACCUUUCUAUUUAAUUGAACGAAACCUUUUUCACGUGUGAGGAAAUUGUUUUGCUUUCCUGAUCUCUGGACCUCUAUUUAAUUGAACGAAACCUUUUUCACGUGUGAGGAAAUUGUUUUGCUUUCCUGAUCUCUGGACCUCUCUAUUUAAUUGAACGAAACUUUUUUCACGUGUGAGGAAAUUGUUUUGCUUUCCUGAUCUCUGAAUCUCUCUAUUUAAUUGAACGAGGCUUUUUUCACGUGUGAGGAAAUUGUUUCACUUUUCUGAUUGGCUAAUGGGCAUUGCCAAACGAAUUUUCGCAUAAGUAAAUCCACUUGGAAAACCCAGUAUCUACAUUAUAAUAAAAGCUUUUUCGCGAUUUACGAUUCCAUCGAGUUCAUGGUAUAUACUGUAAUAUACCCAUGUCGUCCCUGCAUUAGCGCUGUAAGUGAGCUGCAUAUCGACAACGGAAUAAAUUUUCCCAGCUAUACUUUAUUUUACAGGGUACUGAUGGUGGGACAAUAUUUCAUCGUUUUCGUUUAAGCAGCCCAAACAAGCCUUAUUUUGUUCUUAAGUCCACUACUGGCGACGACCUCUACCUGAGCAGUGAUGGAGCUGGAAAAAUGAAACUGAAAUCUUGGAACCUGCCCGAAGGCCGCAGCCCUCCUGGUGCGAGCGGGAAAAUAGACCCAGCCUUCUUAUUUAGAUUGGUUAGGCCAAGUUAG